AUGAUGAGGAAAGAGGCAGACGACUUUUGCGAUGCUCUAUUGCUGGCAUCAAAGAAGAUGCAGAAUGAAGUAGCAGCUAUUAAUAACUUGACUGACAAGAAUGCAGUGAAAGAUUGGGAAGCCAUUUCACACAUCAGAGAUUCCUUCUUUAGCAACACUUCGCAGACCAUUUGCAGCUUCUCAGAUACCGCCAGUGCUUUGGAAUCCGAACGUGAAAACAUGAGCACUGAAAGUGUAUUGAGUGCACUGACUGAUGUUCUAUCCAAAAUCAACCUGCAAACAGAAUUUAUUGUCUCGCACCUAUCACAGUAUGGCUACGAACUUCCACCCAAACUUACUGGUCGAUCUGAUCAAGACAAUGAUGCUGAUGAUGAUGAAGUUUGUGAUCAAGGCGAUCAAGCGGACGUCAUGCAAGGGUCUGAAUACGCUUCAGCAAACACUUCUCUGAAUGUUGACCAACGUACCUACACACAAGGAUCGAGACAGGGCGAUCGAUCGCCAUCUCCACCAGCAUUCGAAAGUUUGGGGUUGUCGCUGUAUUCGUUGAAUCUCAUGGAAUCAAACUUUGAAGAAUACGGCCGAGAAUCGGAUGAAGUAGAAGCACCACCAACACCACACUCUAUACUCUCGCGCAAAACAACAGAUACAGAGACUGCAACACCACCCGUUCCCUUCUUGCUCUCAAAUAAUCGUAGCAGAUUCAGUUUGUCCAAACGAGAAUCGAACUCUUCACGAUCAUCGUCUAUGCCUCUCAUGGAUCCAAUAAGGCAGGAUGAAAUGGAUAGGUUGGAAGAUUACUUGCAAUCGCAACUUACGACUGAUGUGCUCAAUGCAUAUGUAGCUGAGAUAAACGACUUUACAACAGACAAGAGGUUUAUGACUGGUGAUGAUGGUGUAGAUGAUGCAUUCACAGUGGACGAAAUUACGCAGCUGGCAUUUGACAAGAAGCAUGGAAAAGCAAAAGCCGUCGUGCUGGCAUUGAUUGAACUCAAGCGGAUCAGUGCAGAGCUGAGAAAGAACAAGGAGCAGAUGUAUUAUAUCCUUUGA